UUCCCUGCGAUUCGUUCGCUCAGCCUCUCAGCGCCCUAUCGCGAUUGGUUGCGACGGCGCGGCGCGUGCCGAAGCACCUGCGCUUGGACCAGCGACGCAUGCGCGCCGGGGGAUGCGCUGCCGAGAGGACUGCGUGCGGAGGGGGGAGCGUGAUUGACGGGCGGUAACGGUCGCGGCCUGUCAGUGAGGAGGGAGAGAGAGGUAGUCAGAAUGCAAUUUCAUUGGGAUUGGCUGUGCUUGAGUGUUUUACUAUUAAGUUCAAUUAGUGCAGAAUCUGAAGAUUCGGAAAUUGAAGUGGAAAAUUUCGGCAAGAAUUCACUAGAUUCUAAUAUUGACAGAAGUAGAUCCCCCUUAGAGGUUGUGUACAAGACACCAAAGCCAACUGGAGAAGUAUAUUUUGCUGAAACAUUUGAUGAUGCCAUGUUGUCUGGGUGGGUUCUGUCCCAAACCAAAAAAGAGGAUACAGAUGAAGAUAUUGCUAAAUAUGAUGGAAGAUGGGAAAUAGAACCAUUAAAAGAAAACGUAGUCCCUGGUGACAGGGGAUUGGUUUUGAAAUCAGUAGCAAAGCAUCAUGCAAUAUCAGCUAUGUUAUCACGGCCAUUUGUUUUUGAUAGUAACCCACUGAUUAUUCAGUAUGAAGUGAAUUUUCAAGAUGGCAUUGAUUGUGGUGGUGCAUACAUUAAGCUUCUUUCCAAAAGUGAUGACUUGAAUCUGGAGUACUUCUACGACAAAACAUCGUACACAAUUAUGUUUGGACCAGAUAAAUGUGGAGAAGAUUACAAGUUACAUUUUAUCUUUAGACAUAAACAUCCUAAAACUGGAGACUAUGAAGAAAAACAUGCCAAACGACCUGAUGUAGACCUUAAAAAAAUGUACUCAGACAGGAAGACCCAUCUGUAUACUCUUGUGCUAAAUCCUGAUGACACAUUUGAAAUAUUAAUUGAUCAAACUGUUGUCAGCAAAGGAAGUCUCCUGGAAGAUAUGGUUCCCCCUGUGAAUCCCCCCAAAGAAAUAGAGGAUCCCACAGAUAGAAAGCCAGAAGACUGGGAUGAGCGGUCUAAAAUUCCUGAUCCUGAUGCUGUCAAGCCAGAUGACUGGGAUGAAGAUGAGCCACCCAAAAUUGAAGAUGAUGGUGCUAUUAAACCUGAAGGUUGGCUUGAUGAUGAACCAGAGUACAUCCCAGAUCCUAAUGCAAUAAAACCAGAAGAUUGGGAUGAGGAUAUGGAUGGUGAGUGGGAAGCUCCACAAAUUCCUAAUCCAGAAUGUGAGACUGCGCCAGGUUGUGGAACGUGGGUACGACCCAUGAUGACCAAUCCAAAAUAUAAAGGAAAAUGGAAACCACCUAUGAUAGAAAACCCUAAUUAUCAGGGGGUGUGGAGUCCUCAGAAAAUCCCUAAUCCUGACUAUUUUGAAGAUUCUCAUCCUUUCAAAAUGACUCCUGUCAGUGCUCUUGGUUUGGAGCUGUGGUCUAUGACAUCAGAUAUCUAUUUUGAUAACUUCAUCAUCUGCUCAGAAAAGGAAGUUGCUGAUCGAUGGGCAGCAGAAAGCUGGGGUUUUAAAAAAUUGGUUGCAAGUGCCAACGAACCUGGAAUGUUUAGCCAGUUGUUGACUGCUGCAGAGGAAAGCCCAUGGCUUUGGAUUGUUUACAUCUUGACGCUAGCACUUCCAGUAGGAUUGGGCAUACUUUUCUGCUGGCCAUCUAAGAAAAUAGAUGAAGAUGUGGACUACAAAAAAACUGAUUUAGCCAAGCCGCUUACAAAAGGACAACUAGAACAAGAGGUGCUUGAAAAUGAUGAAGAUUUAAAGAAAACAAAUGAAAACCCUAAUGAAGAAGGUGCUGAAGAUGAAGAUUAUGAAGACGAGAAUGAAGCUGCUGAAGGAAGUCAUGAAGAAGAAGGCAACAAAUCUGUCUCAGAAGAAGACGAGAUGAAAGAUGCAGAUGAAAGCACAGGAUCUGGUGACGGGCCAUCAAAAUCAGUACGGAAAAGAAGAGUACGAAAGGACUAAUUUAUUUCCAGCUUAUAUUUAUGGUUCCUGGUUACAGAACAUAGGCAUAGGCAUGCUAUAUUGUCUAACAGCAUGCAGGUUGAAUUAAAAGAUGGAACUCCACUUAGGCUUCUGUUUCCAUUUUUGAGCCCUUCCCAAUCUUAUAGGAUUUUUCCUUUACUUAGAAAAAACAACCUACUUGUGAAAUUGCCCAUUCCUUUACUUUAAAAAAUAAAAGAAAAAAUAGUGAGAUAAAUUAUUUAUUGUAAAUAUUAUUUGAAGCUAUUUAGAUAAUAAAUAUGGUUUGGAAAUAAUUUUGGCUUCAAAAUUUGACCUUUUGAAAAGUUUGUGUGAAUUGAUAUAUAUAUUUUCUAGCUUUAGCACAAAUACUGCUUCUACAGUUUUGAAAUAAAGGAAUACACCAUUUCAAUAUCCACUGAAAAAUGCUUUGAGAAAAGCAGUUGACAACAAAGUCUGUGCUGAGCUGGCUGCAAUAAUUGUUUUUAUUUAUUUCAUUAACAUUUUUACUGUGAAGUCUAUUUAUAGUUCUUUUGUCAUGUUAGUUUAACAUUUGUUACAGUUGCUGCUGUUUGUUUUAUAGACAGAUACAUUGUCAUUAAUUGAUAGAUCAGCAUGUGUUUUACAUUUGAAUGCAACAGUGUUCAUGAUUUUCAAGUAAAAUGGUGUCUGGGAGACUUUUUC